AUGUCUUCCGCCAACGAGCAGAGUGGCGGUGGAGAACCACCUAAGAAACUUGAUGAAUCGACAGACGGUACUGAACCACAAAAGAAUGAUGAUGAGAAAGAAACGCUCCCAGAGACAGCGCGACGUGGUAAUACCCGAUGAGCAAAAGAAUGAAGAUGCUAAAAAGAAAUCCAAUACAGAUAGGAAAGAGGUACCCUCUAAGGAACAGGAGCCCUAUAAAAAACACCCGACGAAAGUGAACGGUUCCGCCGAGACAAGAACAAGAAAGAGAGAGGAGAUAAGAUAUAUGACAGAUCACUACAAUAGGUACUGGUAA